AUGCCUGAUGAGUCGGGACUGCGUCUGCUUCGAGUGGGCGCCGCAGCGGCAAGGGCAAAGGGGGCAAGGGCGGUGGUGGUGACAGCGGGGGUGGCGGUGGUGGGGGAGGUGGUGGUGGCGGGGGGGGUGGCGCGGGUGGGGGAGGUGGCAGCAGUGGGGGGGGGUGGCGGCAGCGGCGGGGGAGGUGGCCGGGGCGGAGGAGGUGGUGGGGGUGGCAGUGGACGAGGCAGCGGCCGGGGUUGGGGUGGUCGAGGAGGUGGUAGCGGCGGUGGUGGUCGUGGAGGCACUGGCGGUGGCCAGGGCCAGCAGCACACUCCGUCGCCCCAGGAGGUCCGUGAGUGGUACUCUCAGCACGGGGGGGGGGGGUGGUGGCCUUAG